AUGAUUCCCUGCAGCUGCUGCCCUUAUUCGCUGAGACUGGCCGCGCUGCCGGUUUUAGCUCCAAUGUGCAUUGACGACCAGCUAGCUUGCCUGUGGCAGUUCAUUUUGCCGCUUAAAGAGCGCAUUCCGUGUCCAGCUAGUUACUGGACUCGCGUGCAACAGGAAACAUGCACACAGUGUGUGUGUGUGUGUGGGCAAGUGUCGCUCAAGUUUGAGCUUGCUCUGAUUGCCCAGGCCAGGGUGCUUGGUGGCAGUGAUGGGGACGCUUGGAACGAUGGAAAUGGCCGGGAUGAUGGAAGCAGAUUUGUUUGCGCGUUUCACCAAGCCAAACGCGGCCGCAGUGCGCUGGAAGUGUCCAGUUGCAAGGCCCAUAGUCGAGCGGUGUUCGAUGUCAUGGCCGAUGUCUCCUGA